UCAAAAACACUUGAGAAAACCAGAGGUCCGGCAGCUCCUUAUCCUCAGUGUGAACCUAGAGCUACCUGUGUUCACAUGGAUUCCCCACUCUUCUGGCUGCUUGUAGCACUAUCAGUGCCUACGACACCUGGCCAUGCGAACCUACAAAGCAGCUGGCAGCUGGGUGCUGUGCUUAAAUGUGGCACAGGGCGAAUAUUCGCCUACAUAGGGUACGGUUGUUACUGUGGACUCGGGGGACGAGGCUGGCCACGGGACAGCACAGAUUGGUGCUGCUUUAAUCAUGACUGCUGUUAUAGGAAAGCGGAGGCUGUUGGUUGUCGUCCCAAGUCUAAUACCUACCACUGGUAUUGCAGCACAGCCAGUAAAACACCAAGAUGUAAGGCACGCAAUACCAGAUGUCAAAAGAAGAAUUGUGACUGUGAUGUGGAGUUAACAAAUUGCUUAAAGAGGCAGAAAUACCAAAUGAGAUAUGCGUUAUGGCCCAAUUUCCGUUGUGGCAAUACAGUGCCAUGUUGUGAGGCCCCGGUAGAGAAACAUCGAUGCCUAUUGUGAAUUGUUAAUUAUGUCUGAGCAUGAAACUAGCUUUGAUUUAACUCAGUAUAAGGAGUCAGCAACAAAAGCUUUUCACUGUACCUCGGUACACAUGACAAUCAACGGAAAUAAACCAAAAAAUAUAUAUUGUACAGAAAAAUACGUUCACUUUGCAUCCUGCGAACCAAGGAUCACAGGAAAUUGUAGUCACGACACCCACUAAUGAUCUAAAAAUCAACAUUAAUGAAGAACAAAUUGUCGUCUCCACUGCAAUGCCCCUGCACUCUUUGCAUUUAUUUCCAUAUAUCCAUUGGGGUGCAAGGCGGUGAAUUUUGUCCUGUUGCCAUGAACUACACUUUGAUUAAGAAGUCCAUAAUUUCAUAAAUCAUAGGAGUAGAAUUAGGCCAUUUAACCCAUCAAGUCUACUCUGCCAUUCAAUCAUGGCCGAUCUAUCUUUCCGUCUCAACCCCAUUCUCCUGCCUUCUCCCCAUAAGCCUUGACACCCAUACCAAUCAAGUAUCUGUCAAUUUCCGCCUUGAAAUCACCCAAUGGCUUGGCCUCCACCACCAUCAGUGGCAAUGAAUUCCACAGAUUCACCACCCUCUGAUUAAAGAAAUUCCUCCUCGUCUCCUUUCUAAAGGUACACCCUUGGAUUCUGAGGCUGUGCCCUCUGGUCCGAGACUGCCUCACCAUUGGAGACAUCCUCUCCACGUCCAAACUAUCCAAGCCUAUCACUAUCCGGUCGGUACGUUUCAAUGUAUGAUAGCGGGGCAGUGUAAUACAAGCUGAAGCAAUGAUCUGCAUGAUUCACUCAAGGCCAUUAAGGCCUUUCACACCGAGUGACUUGCACGUCACAAUCAAAACAUUUAAUCAGUACAAAAUUUAACCGGAGAAUGAAUCUUAAAAGAUCAGUCCCUUCUGUUCAGAUUGUAAAAGGAACAUGGAUUUGGAAUGUUGUUUGCUCUGUUCGUUUUUAUAGAUACUUUUUACUUCCUCUUUUGCCAAAGCACUCUCAAGAUUCAAGAGAGUUUAUUGUCGUGUGUCCCAGAUAGGACAAUGAAAUUCUUGCUUUGCUUCAGCACAACAGAAGAAAAAAAAAAGUAGGCAUAAAUAAAUACAGAACAGAACUGAUCAGUGUAACCAUAUACCAAUGAAUAUCAAGUCAAGUCAAGUUUAUUUGUCACAUACACAUACGAGAUGGGCAGUGAAAUGAAAGUGGCAAUGCUCGCGGACUUUUGUGCAAAAAGACAAACAACCAAACAAACUAUAAACUCAAUCAUAACACACAUAUUCUUUUACAUAAUAAAUAAUGGAAGGAAAAACGUUCAGUAGAAUUAGUCUCUGGUGAGAUAGGCGUUUACAGUCCAAAUGGCCUCUGGGAAGAAACUCCUUCUCAACCUCUCCGUUCUCACCGCAUGGCAACGGAGGCGUUUGCCUGACCAUAGCAGCUGGAACAGUCCGUUGCAUGGGUGGAAGGGGUCUCUCGUGAUAUUGUUGGCUCUGGAGUUGCACCUCCUGAUGUAUAGUUCCUGCAGGGGGGCAAGUGAAGUUUCCAUAGUGCGUUUGGACGAACGCACUACUCUCUGCAGAGCAUUCUUGUCCUUGGCAGAGCAAUUCCCAAACUAGAUGAUAAUGUUCCCGGACAAGAAUAUAUAUAUAUAUACACACACAUAAAUAAACAGAUAAAGUGCUAAUGGACUAUUAAUGAUCAGAGUAUUGUUUGAGUUGAGUUUAAUAGCCCCAUGGCUGUGGGGAAGCAGUUAUUCUUGAACCUGGAUGUUGCACAUUUCAGGAUCCUGUACCUUUUACCUGAAGGCAGCGGGGAGAUGAGUGAGUGGCCAGGAUGGUGUGGGUCCUUGAUGAUGCUGGCAGCCUUUUCAAGUUCAAGUGAGUUUAUUGUCAUGUGUCCCUGUAUAGGACAAUGAAAUUCUUGCUUUGCUUAAGCACACAGAAAAAAUAGUAGGCAUUUACUACAAAACAGAUUAAUGUGUCCAUAUACCAUGAUAUAAAUAUAUACACACAAGAAUAAAUAAACUCGUAACGUGCAAAUAACAGAAAUUGGUUGAUAGAACACAAGGUCCUAUCUGCUCUGUGUACGUGAGGUUUCACGUUCUCCCUGUGACCGCGUGGGUUUCCUCCGGGUGGUUCAAUGUUACUUUAUUGCCACAUCUACCGAGGCAGUGAAAUGCAUUUUUGCAUGCAGUUCUGUACUUCUUUGCAUAAGCGCAUCUUAGAUACAGUACAAGCGUACAGAAAUAGUGCAUGGAGACAGUGUACAAGAGUCGGCCAGAUUUGGCGCCAUUCUCAAGACCCGAUUGCUGUAAGUGCAGUGUUUCUUAACCUGCCUGUGAAGGCCCGUUGUCAUGGCAGCAUUGUAGGGUCAGUCUGGCCUAGUUCAGCCGUUGGAGUCAUAGAAAAAUAGAAAAUAGGUGCAGGAGUAGGCCAUUCGGCCCUUUGAGCCUGCACCGCCAUUCAAUAUGAUCAUGGCUGAUCAUCCAACUCAGUAUUCUGUACCUGUCUUCUCUCCAUACCCCCUGAUCCCUUUAGCCACAAGGGCCACAUCUAACUCCCUCUUAAAUAUAGCGAAUGAACUGGCCUCAACUACCUUCUGUGGCAGAGAGGUCCAGAGAUUCACCACUCUGUGGGAUGAAUCUGGUCCUCCAUCGCUGCUCCACCGCUCCGUACCCCUGCAGGCCGCGUAUGGUCCACACGGGAUGCUCCAGUCUCCUCCCGUAUCCCAAACACGUGCGGGUCAGUAGGUUAAUUGGCCUCUGUAAAUUCCUACACAUGAACUUAGUACCCUUUGAUCUCUCGUUUUCACACUUUACCCUUCCAUAUCUCUCAUUUCACUCCCCGCUGACCCUCUGUCUGAAGAAGGGUCUCGACCCGAAACAUCACCUAUCCAGAGAUGCUGCCUGGCCAGCUGAGUUGCUCCAGCAUUUUGUGUCUAUCCUCUGCAUAGAAAUGUCUCCUCGUUUCACCCCUAAACACUGAAUAGAUUUUUAGGCCAUUAAAGUAGUUGUGGUUUGAUCAAACUACAGUUGGUUUGACAGACUCUGCAGUAAGGCAAUACUUCUUUCCGCUGCUCAGUGCAAUCCACUAGUUGCUUUGUCACCACUUCUGAUACUAAUUUGGUUUAAAUUUAGAAGCAAUCAUGACAGAAUUGGAAUUCUUACCUUUUAAUCAAUGCUCUAGGCCUCUGGACUACUAGUUCUGUAAUGUUAUCUCUAUCCUACACUGUUUUUCUAAACUCCAGAGAAGAUUAGUAUUGUAUUUGUAUGUAAUUAUGUAAACAAGUCAUCUGGUCUGCAAAUGUUGGGAUAUAAUCAUGUAUCUAGAAGAAUUCUCUGCAUUGGAAUAAACAUUGUUUGAAA